AACCUGAGGCUCGCACGCCUCACCUGGCUCGGCCCACGCCAAACUGACCUGGUGUUUCAUUGACCUGCCCACGGCAAGGCUCAACUCUUUCUCACACACUCAGCCGCGCCCACAAACAACCUUGAAGACUGCAAAACAAUCACUUGUGACUACAUGUCAAGGCGCCCAGAUGUGGUGUGUAAAUAUGGACGACCCACUCGUUGGCGGGGUGAGCAUCGUGAAGCAGGUGAAGGGGGUACGAAUCCCGCUGUUAGACACUGCGUACUGUCGCAGGAACCGCGUCAGCGCCCUUGGUCAUGUGAGAGGAUGAUGCCUGAGGGUUUCAUCAGGAUACACCAAGGACUGGUUCGUUUCGCAAUCUCGGUGAAUAUUUUCUUCACCCUGAUGUUGCACACACGUUCAUGUCGGCUGCCACCAAGCGACUUGGAGUACACAAUGUCUUCUCGGCGGGGUUGGUGUGCUCCUCCUGCAUACAGCAACACGUUCGCCUCGGAAAAUGCUCAUACCCCUAUGCAGCCCGCCCUGAAUCAGCGCAUCCUCCUUGAUCUGGCAGUUCGUCAAGGCAGAGCUGUUUCAUAUCUCCCGUCUGCGUGGACAGUUACCUUCUAUGGUCAAGCGGUGAAGCUUGGGCAAUCCUAUCCUGGUGGUGAUCUGACAGCACUGACUUGCAAGCCGAGAUUAUACAGAUUGCCGACAUGUGAAUCACGGUCGAAGUCAUCGCAUGAACAUGUGUGAUCGUCGCCGUUGGGAGAAUGUAGAUGAGGCUGGAGUAAGUCAAGGGGCGAUGGAUUUGCACUGUUCAAGCCUUGCGGAGCGUCUAUGAGUAUGAGGGGGAUAUCGAUGGGUCUUAGCAGCCGUUCAGUAUACGCGGUUCUUCACUCGAGAUGAUGUUGAAUGGUUUCGUAGUGACUAGAUAGCUUUAUGCAAUGC